AUGUUGGAAGUGGCCGAAAAACUGCCGCUAUCUUUUAUGGCCAGUUUCUUUGCUUUGGACGUCGAUAUCUUCCCCAAAGAUGAGGCCUCAGAAGAAACCUCGUGGCCGCUCGGUCAAGUUUGCGGUUAUCUGUUUGGCAUCUCUGCUUCCAUUUUCACACCAUUAGUCAGCAUAGCGGUUUACGUGAACGACCUGUCUGACGCUGUUCGGAAGGCAUAUCGUCGCCUUGUAAAAAAGAAGGACGCACAAGGCGGUGGUAACAAGGCUCCUGGUGUCGACGGUCAAACUGGGUUGUUGAUCAUCAAUUUCCACCGCCAAAGUCCCGAGGAAAGACUGCCUCUUUGA